GCAGUGACACAGGAGGCGGCGGCGCGGCCUGGCCCUGGGAGGGGGUGGCGGGGGCCGGUUACCGGGGAGACCGGGCAGCACCCCACGCUCCAUGCGGCCCAGACCGGCGCCAUGACGCACUUCGACACGCAGUACCAGCGUCUGGAGGCCUCCUACAGCGACUCGCCCCCGGGAGAGGAGGAUCUGCUGGUGCACGUCCCCGAGGGCAGCAAAUCUCCCUGGCAUCACAUAGAGAACCUGGACCUCUUCUUCUCUCGCGUCUAUAACCUGCAUCAGAAGAACGGCUUCACCUGCAUGCUGAUUGGCGAGAUCUUUGAGCUCAUGCAGUUCAUUUUCGUCGUGGCCUUCACCACCUUCCUUGUCAGCUGCGUUGACUAUGACAUCCUGUUUGCCAACAAGAUGGUGAAUCACAGCCAGCACACCAGCGAGCUUGUCAAGGUGACACUGCCAGAUGCCUUUCUGCCUCCCAGCGUGUGCAGCGCAAGAAUCCAGCAGAACGGCUUUCUCAUUUCCAUCCUGGUGAUAGCGGGGGUUUUCUGGAUCCAUCGACUCAUCAAAUUUAUCUACAACAUCUGCUGCUACUGGGAGAUUCACUCCUUCUACAUCAACGCCCUCAAAAUCCCCAUGUCCAACCUGCCCUAUUACACCUGGCAGGAGGUGCAGGCUCGCAUCGUGCAGAUCCAGAAGGAGCAUCAGAUCUGCAUCCACAAGAAGGAACUGACGGAGCUGGACAUCUACCACCGCAUCCUGCGCUUCAAGAACUACGUGGUGGCCAUGGUGAACAAGUCGCUGCUGCCCAUCCGCUUCCACCUGCCUGGACUGGGCGACACCAUCUUCUACACCCGCGGCCUCAAGUACAAUUUCGAGCUCAUCUUCUUCUGGGGGCCUGGCUCGCUCUUUGAGAACGAGUGGAGCCUCAAGGCAGAGUACAAGCGGGGCGGCCACCGCCUGGAGCUGGCCGACAAGCUGAGCGGCCGCAUCCUCUGGAUCGGCAUCGCCAACUUCAUCCUCUGCCCCCUCAUCCUCAUCUGGCAGAUCCUCUAUGCCUUCUUCAGCUACACCGAGAUCCUGAAACGGGAGCCGGGCAGCCUGGGCGCCCGCUGCUGGUCGCUCUACGGCCGCUGCUACCUGCGCCACUUCAACGAGCUGGACCACGAGCUGCACUCCCGCCUCAGCAAGGGCUACAAGCCGGCCUCCAAGUACAUGAACUGCUUCAUCUCCCCCCUGCUCACCAUCGUGGCCAAGAACGUGGCCUUCUUCGCCGGCUCCAUCCUGGCCGUGCUCAUCGCCCUCACCAUCUACGACGAGGACGUGCUGGCUGUGGAGCACGUCCUCACCACCGUCACCCUGCUAGGCGUGGGCGUCACCAUCUGCCGGUCCUUCAUCCCAGACCAGCACCUCGUGUUCUGCCCAGAGCAGCUGCUGCGGGUAAUUCUGGCACACAUCCACUACAUGCCCGACCACUGGCAGGCCAACGCCCACCGCUACGAGACCCGGGAUGAGUUUUCUCAGCUCUUCCAGUACAAAGCGGCGUUCAUCCUGGAGGAGCUGCUGAGCCCCAUCGUUACCCCCUUGAUCCUCAUCUUCUGCCUGCGGCCCAAGUCCCUGGAGAUCAUCGACUUCUUCCGGAACUUCACCGUGGAGGUGGUGGGCGUGGGCGACACCUGCUCCUUCGCACAGAUGGACGUGCGCCAGCACGGGCACCCAGCGUGGAUGUCAGCGGGGAAGACUGAGGCCUCCGUCUACCAGCAGGCCGAGGAUGGCAAGACUGAGCUGUCCCUCAUGCACUUCGCCAUCACCAACCCCAAGUGGCAGCCGCCCCGUGAGAGCACGGCCUUCAUCGGCUUCCUCAAGGAGCACGUGCUGCGUGACAGCAGCGUGGCGCUGGCCCAGCAGGCCGUGCUGCCUGACAACGCCCUCUUCACCUCCAUCCAGUCCCUGCAGUCGGAAUCCGAGCCUCACAGCCUGAUUGCCAAUGUGAUCGCGGGCUCCUCGGCCCUGGGGUACGUGAGCCACGAGCUGCAGGCCUCCCGCCAGCUCUCCGAGGUGGCCUCUGCCCUGCGCUCCUUCUCCCCACUCCAGUCUGCCCAGCAAACUCACAGCGGCUUCCAGACAUCCGGGUCCCACGUGGAGGGGGCACCGCCCCGGGCCCACAGCACCAUGACGGCUUCUGGCACGGAUGCCAGAACAGCGAGCUCAGGGAGCAGCGCCUGGGAGGGCCAGUUACAGAGCCUGAUCCUGUCGGAAUACGCCUCCACCGAGAUGAGCCUGCACGCACUCUACAUGCAUGAGUUGCACAAGCAGCACACGCAGACAGAGCCUGAGCGGCAUGUGUGGCACCGGCGGGAGAGCGACGAGAGCGGGGAGAGUGCCCCGGAGGAGCCGGAUGCUCAGAAGGGAGCCCCCGCCGUCAUCCCCCGCUCUGCCAGCUACCCCUUCUCCUCACCGCGCCAGGCUGUGGAGGAGUCAGCCACCCUGCAGACGGGCUUCCAGCGCCGAUAUGGCGGCAUCACAGAUCCGGGCACAGUGCACAGAGCCCCAUCGCACUUCUCCCGCCUGCCUCUAGGGGGCUGGGCUGAGGACGGACAGUCGGCGCGACACCCGGAGCCGGUUCCAGAGGAGAGCUCGGAGGAUGAGCUUCCGCCUCAGAUACACAAGGUGUAGCUCUGGGGGUGAGGAUCUCGUGGGAUUCCGGACUCUGGAGCAGCCUGGGCAGCAGGACCUGGGGUCCCAGUCCCCUCCACUGUCCCGCAGAGGUGGGGCGGGCAGAGGUGCCUAGUGCUGGCGUUCAUGCUGAAGGGACAGAACCACCAUGUCAGCGCCUUGCGGUGGAAGCUUCUGUACAGACGUGUGUCAAGCCAACAUCACUCUGACUCAUACUCAUGUUGGGUGAAUGCGUGUGUGAGUACAUACGUGUAUCCGUGUCCGCAUAUGUGUUGUCCGUGUCGGAGGGAAUCGGCCAAGAGCUGCACAGAUCACUGCAGAGCCUACGCGAGGCCAGCGACCCGCAGCUGGCAGGGGAGAGCUCUGCGGCUGCCGGCGGGUCAGGCUACUGUGGAGUCCCUGAGCAGAGCCAGCGAUGCCUCUUCCACAGUCCAACUAAAGACCCUCCUUCGAGCUGCAGCCGGCCUGGCCCGCCCGGGUUCCCGCCAGGGGAGGGACGCAUCAGAAUCUAUUUUUGUAACGAGGGUGGAGAGUUGGGUUCCCCUGAGGACGUGCAUGCUGGAGUCCGACCUCUGCUGGGGCCUUUACAAGGCUGUGCCCUCCCCCAAAGCCCAGGCAGCUCUGUGUGUUCUGGCUCCGACCUGUCCUGUCCAUGGUGCGAGGAGUGCCACUGCUCCUGGCACAGUGCUCCCCCCAAGUGACCCCACUUGCUGCUAUUGUCCGUGGGUCCCAGCGCCUCAGCCCCUCUAGCCUCAGAGCACAGACAGCCUGGGCAGCAGCAGUGAGCCUCCCGGGUGCCAAAGCCCUGCUGUCUUGCGGCUAGAGGGGAGCUCCAGCUCCAGGGCCUCUGCUGAGCCUGCCGGCCGGCGGGCUGCUUCUCAUACUGGCCCUGGCCCUCUGGGAACUAACCAUGCCCCCCCCAGCAGCCUCCCCUUGGACGGCAGAGCGGGGGGACAGGGGCCCCCUCAGUCAACACUAAUGGUGCAAGUCAAAGGAGAGAAUCAGGUGACUCGAGUAGCUUUGUUCCCCCCCGCCCCACCCCCACCCCCACCCGCUGCUCUGGGGAGGCCCAGCCCAAGGGGAAGUCUGGCCUGGGCCCCUAGCCUGGGACUGGACUCUUUGCUGGGGAGCUGGGGCCAGGCUGUGCCGCCCUCCUUGUAAAUCAUUAGCACAGGGGCGGGGGGGGGCGGCUCCGGCCAAUCAAGGUUAUUGAGUGACAGCGGCAGCUUCCAGAGGCCAGUGUAACUCUCCCUGCUACUCCCUGCAUCGCCCCCAGCCCUGCUCAUGUGGGCCUCAGGCCGGGGCCCCCUGCUCCCACCGCGCUGAGCCCGAGCUAAGGGUCAGCCCCACGGUGCUCUGCACUGAACGGCUGCGGGGCAGGACUCCUGGGGUGUCUCCCCAGCUCUGCCACUGGCUUGCUGUGUGAUGGGGGUGGGUCUCUUGGCUGACAAGCUCCCCUGCAGCCCGGGCUGCUCCGGCAUCCUGCCUGUCGGGCAGAGCACUGACUAUUCCGGGGGGUGGGGAAGGUGUCUUUUAAUACUGCCACCUGGUUCUCCUCAAGGGGCUUGGGUCCCCGCCUUUCCGUGGGGCAAGCCCUGAGCUUCUCUAGCCCAGCCUAUUGGUGCUUUACAGGUUUGAUGAGGGACAAAGCGCUUCAGUGGCCUUUGAAACGGGGCAAGUCUCCAGCAAACCAGCGCCAGGCCGGCCCCUCUGCCCUGGCGCCUGGAACAGGCAGACCUCAGGCUCCCUUCACAGCAGAAACCAGGCGUGGCCAGAGCGCAGCCUGCUGGGCUGCUGCCCCCUGCAGAGGUGCAGCCCUGCGAGGGGGCAGGGCCCAGUGGGCAGUUAGUUCUGUCUCAGGCCAGUGUGGCUGGGGCUACAUGCUGGGAAAUGUCGUUCCUGGGUCGCACCUCUGCAUUAAUGGCUGUGCCGUGUACAACGGGCUAGGCAGAGCUUGUCGUCCCCUGCCAAGGCUCCUUGGGGGAUGCACUCAGCCCGGAGCUCCUGUUCUUAGCACAGGGUCUCCAAGCCUGAGCCGCAGCCCCCAUCUGAGAGCUCUGAGCCCUGGGGAAGACUGGGCCUUUCUGAAGGGGUGACUGGCAGCUGCUCCGGGCUGCGACUCCUGGAGGUGAGGCCUGGAGCAGCCGGAGAACCUUGCCACGUGCUGUGCUUGUGUCUGUCCGUUGCCUGUGUGCAUGGCAAGCUGCCCUCCCCUCCUGUUCCGUUGUGACACCAGCGGGGGGGGUGUGGGCGCGGAGCUGUUUGGGCAUGUGCUGACUAGCCGAGCUCGUGCCCCUCGCUGGGAGCUGUAGAGCCAUUUAAUAAAGAGGGGGCGUUUCAUUCA